AUGCCAGCUGUUCCGUUCUUAUGUUCGCUCUCCGGCCUCCCCUGCAACACCGCUGUCGCGGCCCAACCAAUCAUCAAGCAAACGGUCAAAGAACUGGUCGACAACGCGAUAGACUCUUGCCGAUGCCGGGCCUCAGAACAAGACGCCCCGACGGUGCGGGUUGUGCUCCGCAGGUCAGCGGCAGGGGCAACCGUCGCCGAGGGGGUAGUGGAGGACCUCGACCUGGAUGAAGAACCUCUGGAACUUCAGGUUGCGGACAACGGCGCCGGGUUGACGGACGUUACCAAGGCCGUUGGGCUCUUCUCUUCCACCAAGUCCGGCCACACGCCGCCGGUCGCUCCAGGUGUCUCUCCGAAACCAACGAGCCUGCGGUAG